CGUUUCUGAUAUUAUAACGAAUCGGCGGCGAAGGGUAUAAGAACCAUUUGACAUCGCCAUUCCCACGUGUUCUCUUUCAUCCAGCGACUGAGGCGCCCGCCCUGACCCAGACCCUCCGCCCCCUACCCCUCGCGAGUCGACUGGCAACGUAGCCCCCCAGCCUUUUAUGGUGUCGGAUGCGAGAGUCUGUCCUUAAGUAAGAAAUCAGGCCUUACUGGAGACAUUCAAGCAAAGAUUGGACAACUCCUUUUCCAGAACAGAAAGGAAACUCAUGCAUCAAGAAAGGUGACUAAUAACGUACCAAAAGAAUAUGGCUGCACAAAUACCAGAAUCUGAUCAGAUAAAACAGUUUAAGGAAUUUCUUGGAACCUACAAUAAACUUACAGAAACCUGCUUUUUGGACUGUGUCAAAGACUUCACAACAAGAGAAGUAAAACCUGAAGAGACUACCUGUUCAGAACAUUGCUUACAGAAGUAUUUAAAAAUGACUCAACGAAUAUCUAUGAGAUUUCAGGAAUAUCAUAUUCAGCAGAAUGAAGCCCUGGCUGCCAAAGCAGGACUCCUUGGCCAGCCACGAUAGAGAAGUCCUAACAGAGGGACUUUUGAUGAAAGAUUGCCAACAGCUAUUGCACUGGAAAUGAGGAUUCACCUGAUAGAAUCCUCUGAAAGCAGUAGCCACCAUGUUAAACCACCUGUCAUGACUGGCAAAUGGAAACAACUGGAGAAACAAAAUUGUUAUAUACAGGAGUAAUCAAAAUAGAAGGUCUUAUUGUUCAGUGAAAAUAAUAAGAUGCAACACUUGUUGAGGCCUUAAGAUUCAGCAGCUUGGUCAGUUGAUUAGAAAAAUAAACCAUUGUUUCUUCAAUUGUGACUGUUAAUUUUAAAGCAAAAUAUCAUGUAUGAGAUAGAAAAAACUUUAUUACUAUAAGUAAAAUAAAUGGAAAUAUCACUGAGCAGUUGUUUAUACUAUAUAAUUCCAUAGCAUUCUGACUGGACUGUGGAUACGUUGAAGUGUUUUUCAGUCACGAUCAUCCUCCAAGUAUUCCUGUUCAUUCAUGUCUGCCUCAAAUUGCUGGUAAAUACAUAAAAUAGUUACUUGCUAAUCA